AUGCAGAUUCCGGCACGAGAAGAAGUGGUCAUUCAAGUGAACGUCGCCCUGCGGCCCACAUCUGCAUGUCACCGGACAUGCGCAAGACAGGAGCGGAUUGGAAAACUUUUCUUUGCAAUGCAAGCCAUUCCCAAGUGGUGUGAACACUCGAAUGUUCUACAAUUGCGCGUCGAAGAAAUUUUAAUCAACGGUGGACCAACAUAUGCAGGAGUUGUUUUGAGCCGUGGUGAUUGGGAUCGAGCCGACAUACCUGGGGAUCUCCGUGGAAGAGACGAGAUGCGGCAGGAUCCUAUCGAGGAGGAAAGCGUUUUGGGAUGGGGGGGCUUUGACGGGUUUCACCGAGCUGGAUCACCGGGAAUCCGGAGCAGGCCAUCCAGUUCUCUGUCCACAAAUAUAUUUAUCCUGUCUGAACCUGCCGCCCUGACAAUCCUUGGCGGGACAGAAUCACCUGUUGCACCCAAUGCGGUGAAUGAUUCCGGGUUCUCUGGUUGA